AUGGAUUCGGUCGACGCGCUGCUCUUUUGGAUAAAUAAGGUUUGUCUCCUCGUGAGAGAUGACGUUGAACGGGCACAAAUCCAAUUGAAAGGAGCUUCCGAAGGUGGGAUGAUACCCGAAAUGGAAGACCUUUAUGAUGAGAUCAGUGAUGGGCAGUGUCUCUGCACCUUAGUUGCGUGGUAUCGACAUGGACAUGGAGAAAUGGAAAUCGAAGUUGUGGCACAACCCGAACCUGUCACAUCACCUCGGCGAUUCGUUCCCGUGCAGGGCAUUCCGGAUCUGCGCGCUGCAAACUCAGCGGCUCGCAGCCCCUAUCCACCAAGAGUCAGGAAUCCGUUCAGCAAUGUGCACGUGACGUCAACUCCAGCUGGAGCUCCGGUCGCUGUCCCAUCUCGUUCGAUCAGUAUGAUGAGUCAGGAUAGUCUGCUCACAAACAGGACGCAGGAUUCGUGGCGAGUGCCACCACAGCGCCAACCGCCGGACUAUUGGGGUGCGAACGUGACCAAUUUUGGUCGACUUGUUCAGCCUGAUGACGGUAGUAACGGCAACUUGUCCACAACGGGAUGUUCACCGUACGCAAGGAGUGAUUCGCUACCGGCAGCCUCAAUCAGGCUCGCGCUCGAGGAAAAACGCCGUGAUCAUGAAAAACGCAAGGCGCUGAUGAGCACAAUGACUGAGUCAGAACGUGCUGAGAAAGGAAAAGCGGCUUUCUUCGCAGUGAUGAACAGAGGUGAACCAUCGAACACGGCUGGUACUGAUUCACCAAAUGCCAAACUCAUUCGCGAGUUGGAUCGCAAGUUGACGGAUCUCGCCCAGCAAGUGUCCCUCAUGCAUAUUGGCCCAGACCAGCAGCGUAUCAGUCGCGCAUUGUCACAACCGAGUGUCUACCAAGAAGUUCCACCAGCCCCUCCUCAGUCAGCUAGAGGUGGAUAUGGAACUUUGCCUCACAGUACGCAAACUGCACCAAAUUACGGCCAACAAUAUGCUCAUCAACAGCAGCAACAAGAUUACUAUGGUUAUACACAACCACAACAAGGACCUUAUGGGCAACCACAGCAGCUGCGUUCAAGCCUUUCAAAUGGCAUGUUAAACUAUCUUCCGGGCCAAAUGCCAUCGUAUGGUGAAUACCCCACUGGUCUAGUGCAACCCCCACAAAUGUCUGGGCAGCCGGCAUAUACUCAAGACAUGUACUCCCCACACAUGCACUCAUAUGCACAACAAUCACAACAACAGCCAGGCUACACAAUGAUGCAUCAGUCCGCGCACGCAGCUACCGGCUUUUCGCUUCAUCAGCCGGUAGGAGCAGCGCCAAUGAUGGCGCCACCGGCGUCAACGUAUUCUUCGGCUUAUCCGCAGCAGCCGCUUGACACGCACAACACUUCGCCUUCCUAUGCACUGCAGUCUCAACCUCCUCAGCUGAUUCCGACUAUGAUGUCACAACAGCAGCAACAUGCUCAAGCUUAUUCAUCGUAUCAGGGUACGCCUCAGCUCGAAAAUCAACCACCACUCGGCUACGAAUCUCAGGACGGUGGAGCGACAUUUCGACUACAUAGCCAAGAUGCAUCAUCUAGUCGUGUCGAUCCUCCUCUGGAAAUCAACAGGAAUCUCACCAAUUGGGGCAUGACAUAUCAGAAGGGACAUACGGGUCGUCCACAGCGUAGAACAUGGGAGAACCAGACGUUCAUAAAGAGCGAGCACGAUCUUGUCAAUCAGCCAGAUCUUGUGCCAACCGUACCCAGUGAGGAUCGACAGUCCCCAUGUCCAAUUGGCGCAGUCCCGCGACGCUCGCGGGAUUCUCGUGAGUCAUAUGACGUCACGAGCGCGACUGUUUCUGAACAAGCUUCGGGAGAUCGUGGGCGAGUACAAGAUCCAGAUCAUGCGUCGACCCUGUCGCAACCAUCACCUCCUCGUGAUCCAGCUAAUAAUACCAAUGGAAUCACUUCAGAGUCGAACAGGAGUGCGGCACCUUCCGGUCCUGCCUUCGUUGUGAGCGAUGAUCAAGCAGCUGAGGAUUUUGAUAAAAUUGUAGAUCAAAUCGAGCAAAGGAAUGCCGAAAAACGAAUGGCUGAAUUGGCCAAACGUGAAAUGGCCGAGCAGCGGAAGUUGGAGAAGGAGCUUCAGCGGCAGAAAAUUCUGGACGACUAUAAGCGACGAAAAAUGGAAAAAGAGCUAGGUUUGGAAUCAGGCUCGAAUUCUGCUCGGGGUUCUGGUCGCGGCCAUUCUCAACCACCGUUUAUUCGAACCAAAUCACAGAUGUCUGAAUCAGCACUAGGUGCUGAGGGGAACGACAAAGGCCGUCUUCCUCGUGCUCGUGGACAGUCCACUGUAGAACAGCGAAUCUCUGUACAAAGUCUUCAGGAGCCAACGCAUAAAUUGUUUGCAAGAGCUACACCUAAGUCAAAUCGUGGAUUGAUCAUCAACGCGUUACAGUAUAGCGUUUUUCCUGGGGCUGUCAACGAUACGACAAGAAUGAAGACGAUGAACGACUUGGCCGCGUCAGAUGCGAAACAUUUUCUAGUGCUGUUCCGUGACUACAAGUGCCAAUACAGAGGCCUUUACAGUUGGGACCAGGUAUCAGAUACGGCUAUCAAGAUAUCGGGGCAGGGUCCAUCCAAGUGCACUGAGAGUAUUAUGAAGUUGAUGUUCAAGUAUGAUUCGGGUGCGAAGAAUUUUUCACAGAUUCCCACAAAGCAUCUCGGUGCGACCAUCGAUGGUUUCACGAUACAGGACCAGUUUUGGCAAAAGCCUAAAAUUCCGCAUAGUGGUGCUGCUUCCCAUAGAAACAAUUAA